AUGUCUGCUAAGAGUCUGCCAGAGAUAAUCCUCGUCCCGGGGGCAUUUGGAACAGUCGCCUGCUACGACAAGCUACUGCCGCUCCUUAAAGAAGCCGGAUUCUCAACCCAUCCGGGGCCAUACCCCAGCUAUAACCAUGCCAACCCAGUUGAAGCGACUUGCGUAGAUGAUAUUACCUCCCUCCGCAACAAUGUCAUCUUACCUCUGGUAGAAGAACAGCAAAAGGACGUCGUCAUCGUUGCCCACUCAUAUGGCUGUGUCCCUGCUAGCGCUGCAGCUAAGGACCUCGACAAGCAGACCCGAGAAGCGCAAGGCAAAAAGGGCAGCGUGGUUGGACUAAUAUUGAUAGCGGGUAUAAUCACUCUGGAUGGCGAAACUGCGGUUGAAGCGAUGGGUGGGUUGCCGCCAUACGUACGAAUGGACGGGGAUACAGCGUUUGUAAAAGAAGCAAUGCACUACCUGUACCACGACUGCGACCCCGCCACGGCAUUCGAGCUAGACAAGUACCUAGCCGGCCACGCAGCACCAGCCCUUGCUACCAAGCCUACAGCACCGGCGUGGGCAGACAGUGGCUUCGACGGAAGAAGAGUGUACAUACGAACGAUAAACGACCGAUGCAAGCACCUCUCGGAUCAGAACCAGUGGCUUAAGAAGACGAACGUGGAAUGGAAGGUUGUGGACUACGAGACUGGCCAUUAUCCGUUCCGUAGUCAACCUAAAGCUGUGGCGGCACAUAUCGUGGAGUUCGUCAACGAUUUCGUCUCAUUAUAG